AUGAAGGUAAAUUUAAUGUUGAAAAGAGGGCUUGCUACUGCAACUGCAACUGCCAGUUCCGCUCCCCCCAAGAUUAAAGUCGGAGUACUACUGUCAAGAAUCCCUAUAAUUAAAUCAGAAUUAAAUGAACUAGAGAAAAAAUACUAUGAGUACCAAUCAGAACUAGAAAAGAGACUAAUGUGGACGUUUCCGGCAUAUUUUUAUUUCAAAAAGGGUACUGUAGCAGAACACAAAUUUCUAUCCCUGCAGAAAGGACCUAUCUCCAAAAAAAAUGGCAUUUGGUUUCCUAGAGGCAUACCGGACAUUAAACAUGGCAGAGAAAGAAGUACUAAGCAAGAAGUUAAACUUUCUGAUGACAGUACAGUAGCAUUUAGCAACAAUCAAAAAGAGCAAAGCAAAGACGAUGUUAAUAGGCCCGUGAUUCCCAACGACAGGAUAACGGAAGCAGAUAGGUCAAAUGAUAUGAAGAGCCUUGAAAGACAAUUGAGCAGGACCUUAUAUCUUUUGGUUAAGGAUAAAAGCGGUACUUGGAAAUUCCCUAACUUCGAUCUUUCUGAUGAAUCUAAGCCGUUACACGUACACGCAGAGAACGAAUUGAAAUUGUUGAGCGGUGAUCAGAUAUACACUUGGUCUGUUUCUGCUACGCCCAUAGGUGUUUUGCAGGACGAGAGAAAUAGGACUGCUGAGUUUAUUGUGAAGUCACACAUUUUGGCUGGAAAAUUUGAUUUGGUGGCGUCGAAAAAUGAUGCAUUCGAGGAUUUUGCUUGGCUGACAAAAGGUGAGAUCAGUGAAUAUGUACCAAAAGAUUACUUUAACAAAACAGAAUUUCUUUUAGCGGAUAAUUGA